GUUUUGUUUUAAAGAACAUAAUCGUAUUCAUGUCUCUCCAUCUCAGCCGGCUCUCGAGGCUCCGCCUUGGGAAACCUGUGUUUGUAAGAUCUUGUCUUCUUCACUCUAAGGGCUUCUCAACUUUUUUGCUGCAAACCUCUCCUUGUUUCGUCUACGGCGCUGAGCCUUGUGGACCAAGAAACGCGGAUCUCGGAAAACUCAUCAUUUACAAAGCUAAUGAAUACGACAGCCAUCAUUUGGAAAAGAAAGUUCCAAUGGAGUUGGUGGAUAGAAAGGCCAUGGUAACGAUCGGGUCAUCUCAUGGUUGGGUAGCUACUUUGAAGGAUGACGGAAUAGUGCGUCUCCAAGACGAUUUAAACCCGGCUGCAUCUGAUACAAAUCCCAAACGCAUUCCUCUGCCUCCUCUUGUGACUCUGCCUCAUUGCCAAACCAAACUUGUCACCAACGUGGCCAUGUCCACUUCUUCUCCUGAGGAUGAAGACUGUGUUGUGGCUGUCAAGUUCUUGGGACCUCAGCUCAGCUUAUGUAGACCAGCUCAAGCUAACUCCAAGUGGACCAACAUCAGAAUCGAACCCCCCUGCUUCUACUCCUCCCCUGUUAUGUAUUCCAAGAAACAUGACAUGUUUCGCAUUCCCGGAUCUGGAGGCCACCUCAUUGGAUCAUGGGAUCUACACAAACACAAGCACAAUCCCAAGAUUCAGAGGUUGCGAUUUAAAAACUUUCCCGAGCUGACAAAGUUCAAACGGGAACUUCUUGGUUCGUGCUGCACGAGCCAACACUUGGUGGAGUCAAGAACCACAGGUGAGACUUUCUUGGUUAAGUGGUAUAGGAAGGCCACCUCCGGUGGAGAUUUGAAAAUGAAAACAAAAGCUUUGAUGGUCUUCAAGCUAGACGAACAAGGGAGCGCCGUUUACACUGAAGACAUCGGAGAUCUCGUCAUUUUCCUCUCAAAGUCGGAACCUUUCUGUGUCAAUGGUAGCUCCUUUCCUGGCCUGUGCUCUAACCAAGUCCACACCUUUGAUAUCGACGAAAGCGCACUUGUAGAUCUGGAGGAUUCCUCCAUCAUUAGUUGGGUUGAUGCAUUCGGGUCCCCUUACUUUAUUCCACCUCAAAAAAUUGACUCCUAG